CGUGUGGCUGCCGCUGGACAUGCGCGCCACGCCCACCUACCACAUCGUCUACCUCGUCCAGGUCUUCUGCAUCUGGGCCGUCGUCCAGGGAACCGUCUUCCUAGACACGUCCUUCCAGAUCCUGAUGCUGCAGUUGGCUGCCGAACUGGAGGUCCUCAACGAUAACGUAGCUGCCAUCUACAACCGGGAAGUGGGCCCAUCCGAAGUAAGGCGAGCGGAGGACGGCAAAAUCGACGCGUCGCCGCAGAGGAAAAAGGACGAAGCCAGUGGUAGACUCGGAUACAUUGAACUUCACACAGAUACAGCAGAGGAUGAGAUGUACAGUCAUCUCGUCAGCAAUAUAAAGCACCACCAAACAGUAAUAGGUUGUCUAAGCCAGUUGGAAACCGUGAUGAGUCACUCAACGCUGAUACUCCUGUCAUCCAAUAUGGUCUGCAUCUGCUUACACAUCUUCGUGACGGCAGUGCUGUUGCAGGAUGAAAUUCAGUUUGACAAGACUUUCAAGAUGAUGUGUGCGUUUGCCAUCUACACGUACCAGACUGGGCUCUUCUGCUUAAUUGGACAGACCAUAAUCGACCAGAGUGAACGGCUGGUGAAUUCGGCGUUCAGCUGCGCCUGGCCGGACGCCGAUGCCCGCUUCAAGCGGUCGCUGUCCGUGUUCAUGGUGAGGUCGGCUCGCCUGCUCGAGAUAAGGGUCGGCAAGAUGUACACUCUCUCCAGGGAGACCUUCUUGCAGAUUCUAAAUGGAUCCUACAGAUUAUUUAAUUUACUGUAUCAAACCAAUCUAGAAAAUUAAGAAAUUGUCCUCUGAAAUGUGGAUAACUGUCUCAUAUUAUUUCAGAGACCGGCAAUGUAUGAAACAAAUAACAUGUUUCUUGAGUUUCACCAAGCUCUUAACACAAAAUAGUCUAAAGCUUUGAUGUAGAAAAGUACAACCACAGCUUUUUGAGCGUAGUAGACAAAUGUUUGGCAAAAUUAAAGAGCAUCAGUUUAGUUGCUUCAGUCUGGUUGUAAAGUCUCUUGUGUCUCUGCUAUUGCAAUCAUUGUGUCUCUAUAACCAAAAUACUUUUUUCAGUUAACAUUGUAUGUACAGUUGAUGUAUACAAUAUAUUACCACACCGGACCUCU